CGUGUGGGCAGAAUGUCUCGUGCAGAGAAGGCUAGCGAUUGUUUGUCACUCAGCGCAGCUUGACGCGCAGACCCCAAACCGGUGAAUUUAUCCAAAAUAAAAUGUUUAGUCGCGUAUCAUUGUGACCAACUGACUCUGAGACGUUUGAAGGAAAGGGUGUGUGUCGGUAUCAGUGCAGCCAUGCUGUCCAGAUUAAGCAUGAGUGUGAGGCCGUGUGUGAGCAUGUGCCGAUGGGUUCACACGAAAGAAAAGGGGAAACCGCUCAUGCUCAACCCACGUACCAACAAGGGAAUGGCCUUCACUCUGAAAGAACGGCAGAUUUUGGGCAUUCAUGGUCUGUUGCCUCCAAAGAUCGAGACUCAGGACACCCAGGCCAUGCGCUUCCAGAAGAACCUGAAGAAGAUGUCCGACCCACUGCAGAAGUACAUCUAUCUAAUGGGGAUUCAAGAAAGAAACGAGCGUCUCUUCUACCGCGUGCUGAUGGAAGACAUCGAGGCUCUCAUGCCCAUCGUCUACACACCUACUGUUGGUCUCGCAUGUACUCAGUAUGGACAUAUCUUCAGGCGACCCAAAGGUCUGUUUAUCACCAUUAAGGACCAAGGACAUAUUCGUUCCAUAUUGGAUAAUUGGCCAGAAACCAGUGUCAAGGCUGUUGUGGUGACAGACGGUGAGCGUAUCCUGGGUCUGGGUGAUCUGGGAGUGUAUGGGAUGGGUAUUCCUGUAGGAAAGCUGUGUCUUUAUACGGCCUGUGCUGGAAUCCGGCCAGAGAGUUGCCUGCCGGUCUGCAUUGAUGUAGGCACGGAUAACGAGAAGUUACUGAGGGACCCGUUCUACAUGGGUCUGUAUCAGCGGCGUGACCGUUCCCAGCGCUACGACGAUCUCAUAGAUGAGUUCAUGGAGGCUGUGGUGGAUAAGUACGGACAGGACACCCUCAUCCAAUUUGAGGACUUCGGGAACCACAAUGCCUUUCGAUUUCUGAAGAAAUACCGUGAGAAGUACUGCACCUUCAAUGAUGACAUCCAGGGCACUGCAUCAGUAGCUCUGGCAGGUUUACUGGCAGCUCAGCGUGUUUUGGGGAAGCCAAUAACUGAACAUAAAGUUCUGUUUCUGGGGGCUGGAGAGGCUGCUCUGGGAAUCGCUAAUCUGAUCGUCAUGGCCAUGAUGGAGUCAGGAAUGUCUCAGGCAGAAGCCAGAAAGAAAAUCUGGAUGUUUGACAAAUAUGGUCUGUUAGUAAAGGGCAGAGCUUAUGAGACAGAUAGUAAUCAGGAGGGUUUUAUUCACCCUGAUCCCGGGGAUGUGAAAAGCUUCUUAGACGCUGUCAAUGUUAUUAAGCCCACGGCGAUCAUUGGUGUGUCAGGUGCUGGCCGGCUCUUCACUCAUGAUGUCAUCAGAGCAAUGGGCAGCUUGAACGAGCGUCCGAUUAUCUUCGCCCUCAGCAACCCGACUGCCAAGGCAGAGUGUACAGCUGAAGACGCCUACAGCCUCACACAGGGAAGGUGUUUGUUUGCCAGUGGCAGUCCGUUUGCCCCGGUGUCACUAGAAGAUGGCAGAAUACUGACCCCAGGACAGGGCAACAACGCUUAUAUAUUCCCAGGUGUAGCUCUGGCUGUUAUACUCAGUGGAGUGCGACACAUCAGUGAUACGGUCUUCCUUGAGGCCGCAAAGACGCUGGUGGAUCAGCUGACAGAUGAAGAGCUGAGUCAGGGCCGACUGUAUCCACCCCUGUCCAACAUCAGAGAGGUGUCACUGCAGAUGGCCAUCAAGGUGGUGGAGUACGUGUAUUCAAAGGGAAUGGCGUUUCGAUACCCAGAGCCUGUGGAUAAGGAAGCGUACAUCAGAUCAGUUGUGUGGAACAUCAACUACGAUUCGUUUCUGCCCGAGAUAUACGACUGGCCCGGGGUUUCUCACAGCCCUGUAGUAGACUAGACGACGAACACCUGAGAAAACACCAGAUAGAGAGAAACAGAACAAAAACUAGGAAGUCUGAAGGGAGUUUUCAUUCUUCUGUUUUAGACACUCCUUUUUUGCAACUUCUAGUAUUUAUUCAUAUUUCUCACCCUUUGUUUAAAUCGCAAUUUCAGUUUAUGGAUGAAUUUUACCAUAUCUUUAUCCUGUACAUGUCCAGGAAACAUUUCACUACAGAAUCAAAAUAAAUACUAAAUGAUAUUUUGCACAAAGAAAAUGAAGCCUGUUUUAAUUAUUUCCAUCACAAUUAAGCACAUUUUUCCUAAAAUGCACUGUGAAAUAUUUUAUCUACAUUUAUGCACAGUAGUAUUUAGAUGUUUCCUCUCAUUUGUGUAACACCUUUUCACUUCUUCACAACAUUACAGAAAUGAGAAUGUAAUAAGAAACCAUUGAGACUAAAAAGAAUUAAAAAUUAAACUCAAAAGUAAAAUGUCCAGGUCCAUUGUGCUUAUGAGAAUUUGGUAGUAAAAAUUGAAAAUGAUUUCACAAUGCAAAAUAUCUGAAUGAUUCUAAGUAAGCUUCAUUUUCUUUAUGCAAAAUAUAUAUAUACAUAUAUAUAUAUAUAUAUUUUCUUUUUUGCACCCUUACAGUAUUUCCUCCUGUGUAGAGUUCAGUAGCGUGCCUUGUCACUCCUCUCAGUCGUUUUUAUAUGCUGUGUGCAAUGAAACCUUUUCUAAAAUGAAAUUGCACUUCAUUUGUUCAUCUUUGUGUUGGUUUCUUGUUGUGUCUGUAACAGCCAUUCAGUUCAUAAAGAUCCAUUUGUUUCCAAGAGGAGGAGGAAGUACAGGACGUGGAGGACUAGCAGAGUUCUAUAUUAUAUAGUAUAUUGCACAAUAUUACAGUCAUUGCAUUAUGGCGUAUAUUUGUAGCUGUGACUGUGAGUUUUUAGUAGCCUGGGUGCCAGCCCGAACCCCGCCCAGUAUGACGAAGUCAGGCUAAGUUUUUAGGGCAUUUACCAGCAAAUAUUUACAUGCUUAGGAUAUGAACAUGCUUUUUAUAUAAUUAUAAAAAAAAAUGCAUGUCAUUGUAACAAAAUAAACCUUAACGUGGUCAUCUUGUUUCUCCUUAAAGGGGUUUAUUUUGAAAAAUGACCGGCUGAGUGUAUGUUAUCCGACUUAUUGCACAGCUGCUUCCCAAAUAAAUCAAAAUAUGGGCUUGAA